AUGAAAGAGUCUUCUCCAUUUCUAUGUGUCGCGUAUACCGGAAGUGAUGCACAUAAGGUCUUCAAACAGGAUUGCCUCGCAUUUUCUGGUAUCAGAAAUGCCCAUGUCAUGCAGCUUCGGGGAUUUAAUGAUUCCGAUAUUCCCAUGGUCAUUUUCCACGAAGAACUCAUCCCGGUGCAUCAUGUUUUGCAACGGCACCGUGAAUCAUCCCUAGCUCUGCGAUGCUAUUUUGCUUUGCAAGCCAGCAUCGCAAAGAAAAGUAUGUACGGAUGGUACCAGACCGAGGUGGACAGGUUAUAUUGCGCUAAUGUUUGGAUUCAGCCAAGGAAUGGAAGGAUCUCGUUUGGCCCUCAAGGACCUCCACCUGAAUAUUUUUUUACUGCGUAUGCCGACUCGCACCUUGAAAGUUGCUCUGCCAUUCCAGUUCUCCCCUCUGACAUGUACAACACGACUUGUCUUCUCAAGUAUCUUCUCAACUAUGCUUCAGACGAGUUUCUCCUUGACUGCCUUGAUUUGGCAUACAUGGUUGACCUACCGUAUCAAGAAAAAGUGUACAUUCCUCGAAACGAUCACGUCUGGCUUUGUUCAUCCGGUCGGCCUAUUGCGAACUUUCAAUCUGGGUCCUCUUGGAUUCCUUGGGCAUGGCAAUCCCCAUUUGUCAAAGACCAUUUCCAACCGAUCACCUUGGAAGAUGGGAGGACACGAUUAUCUAUAAAAUCCAUUGCUCAUCAGCAGGCGCAUGAGAUCUUGAUUUCAUUCGAAUACGAGAUGGGUCCAAAACAUCCAUAUCGUUCUAGAUAUAUGAGAUGGUUUUCCCAAUCAUGCAGCAUUUUCAGCGCAAUGAAUAUACCAAGGCAUGAAUGGUCAGAUUGCACGUUGUUUGACUUAAUUUCGCUGAUGCUCAGGAUCGAUCCAAAGACAUUGGACCACAAAGGUGACACCGAGUUCAUUGCCUCCGAUCGGGUACCGAAUCACCUCGAAACUCAGUCUUAUCUCUUCGUACUUCCGCCACCUCAAGCCGUCGACAAUUCUCCCGACGUAAUUACUUGGAUAUCAGGGAAAGAUUUGUACUAUUGGUCCUCUGAUCCUGAUGGACAAACGAUCAUGCCGGAGAGUCAACGCGUAAGACUGGGGCUUCCUUCGUUUGUUCCGCGAGCUCAAGGUGUAUACCACGCCUGGGGAACCGACACGUACGACCUCAUCCGGGCAUGGCAGGAGGCGAAAGGUUUUGACCCCUCGACGACCGAUUUUGCGCGUUCUUUGGGCCACCCGAUUAUGGAACCAGUAUUUUCCAACCCCAUGGACGGUGGCGAUGUAGAGCGUUUCAGGGCUCUCUCCGAAGAUACGGAUGUACCAUCUUAUACUACGCUGAAGGUCUAUGAUACUAGCAACGAGGGAGCCAUGGAUGUAGAUUUGCUGACACCCCUUUCCAGCUUGCAAAUGGAAUCAGAUGACCACGGAGCCUCUGUGAUCGGAGGUUUUGUGUCCGCGAGCACGGAUAUGGAGGUGGAUUAG